AUGAUGACGGAUUGGCAUCAAUCGUGCGCUCCUUUCCGGGGAUAUGGUGCUUUUGUCUUCGCAUGCGCUCUACGAAGCGUGAGAAAGGGCGUAUUUAUUCUCUCAUGCGAUACCAACUCGACCGUUUACCGGCGUCAUUUACCAGCUCCAGCGUCCUCGACACAGGAAACUUUUUCCGUCUUUCCUUCCAGAAGCGCAUGCGUCAAAGUGGUUGGUGGACCAAGCCAAAUCCAAGUUGUCGUGGCAAAUCCGCAUGUCAACGGCCGUCUCGUCAAUAUUGGGCAGCGACAACAGUCUCCUUGCCGAAAGAGCGGACAAAGAAAAACAGAAAACGGCGGGAACCGGCAGCGGGAUGACGGAAUGAGACAGCGCCACCUGCGGGCGCGAGUGAUGCUGGCGGAGCACCGCAAGCCCUUUUCUCUCCACGGCCCCAAAGGUAGUAAGGGCGAGUGGCCAGGUUUGGGGCGCAUGGAGGUCAAGAUACACGGCGGAGCUAACGGAGGAAGCUAUGAAUUGCACACAAAAGACUAUUCUUGUCGAUUCUGA